CCAUCGGUACACCUCGGACAGCUUUAAUAGAUAUCAGGUUUAAACCUGUAACAAAUAUAAUUACAUGAAAACAAUGGCGGUAGCGAAUUACAGUAAACAUUGAAAAAAAAAAGUUUAAAGGAUUGGUUAUUGACAAGAAUGUCUCUUCAACCCGAUUUAGGAAAUAAAGGCAAUUGUUAUUGGGUUAAAGCAGCAGUUGGUUUAAAAUAUUUAGGAGAAGGACUUUUCCCUUUUUGCGAUAAAAUUGUGAGACAACAGCAUGCUAAAAUUUUAGAUACUGUGAAAAACAAGAACGGCGUCACAAAAGUUUUUUGUAAUGAAUGCUCAAUCCAAAACCUUCUUCCAAACCAUGAAUCUAAAAAAGGCAAUCCGUGCCCAAAAGGACGGAAGGAAUGUAAUUGCUGCAUAAAAGCGGCUAAGGCAUGUCCCAAUAAUGUAUGCGGUGUUGUAUAUGACAUUAUCUUUGACAGUUAUCGCGCAUUACCACAACCUCCGUAUUGGAGAAAUACUAAUGCGCAAAAAUGGUGUGAGGAUCCUUGGGCUAUCGCCAAAUGCUUCAUUAAUAUUAAUGGAUACGCAAUAUUGGCAGCCGAAGACAUUGACUCAAUAGGGCUGUUGAGUCUAAUUAUUAACAACUCUGAAUUCCACCAAAAUGAAACAAAUAAUCCUAUUGAUGGAGAUGAUCCACUAUCGAAGGUUAAAGUACAUAGGAAUAAUAUCUUUCACUCAAGCUCCAUGGAAUUAGACAAAGCUGUGUCAGACAGUUAUAUUGAUGACAUGAUAGGCGUUUUGGAAUAUCUUGAUGAACUAAAAGAGAGAACUGAAGCGAAAAAUGCAGUUGAUAAGCUUAAAAAACUUAAGCAAGAUGACUACAUCAUCACCACACAAGACAAGCUACACGCUUUAUAUGAUGCACAAAAGAUCUUGAAUGAUGGUUAUCAAAGUCUUCACGAGAGAGUUCAAACCCUGGAAGAUGAUAAGAAAAGGGAACAAUCAUUAAAAGACAUCCAGGCGGCAGUUGCUUACCAAAAAUCAAUAUUAGAUUUUAAAACCAAGCUGAUAAAUCUCUACAGAAGCAGCACAUUACGCGUGAAUCCAAUGCCUUUUCAGACAGACCAAGAAUAUUGCAAUUUUCAAGAUAUCUAUGUAAAACCACAUAUUAUUCUUAAAUCAGCUGAUGAUACUGGGAGAGAUAGAGAAAUUACAUCAAUAUCUGAUGUGUUUAUGAAUGACAACAAACAGGCGAAAUCUGUUUUUGUAUUUGGAGAGGCAGGAUCUGGUAAGACUAGUUUUUGUUUAAGUUUGGUAUAUUUUUGGUGUAUGGCACACUCACCAGAAGGGCAGAUCAAUGACGGAUUUCGAGGAAUGACUGAAAUGAAGAAGUACGAAUUUCUGUUCUACGUUUCCAUGCGCCACUGUCACGAUACACGAACAAUACAUGACAUGAUCAUAAAGCAGUAUAAAGACAAAGAAGAUGUCAUUAAGGAACUUUUACAUAAAGAAUCUGAUAAACUCUUAAUCAUAUUAGACGGUUUAGAUGAAUGGACGACGGAGCCGGUUCCAACAGAAUUAAGUGACCAGUUUCAAAUAAAACACGCACCAGUUCGUGACUAUCUUAAAGAUUACACAUUAGUUGAAACGUCAAGACUGAGGCAAGCAAUGACAAAAACUAAGUCAGAACGGUGCAUUGAAAUCAAAGGAAUUUCUAAAGAAUCUGUUUCGUAUGUAAUAGAGAAAACAAUCAAUCAUUUUGAUAAAAAAUUGAAAACAAGCAAAGAUGCCAGUCGGUGUGAGAAUGAGCUGAACGAUAUUAGCUAUGAAGAUAUGAAGUGCAUUCCAUUAAUGUUGCAUUAUUUGAUAUGUCUAUGGUAUGACAACAAAUUGGUGAGUAACUUUUUAGCUGCAAUAUUUGCAGAAAUAUUAAAACGGUAUUUUGACUGGUACAUUAAAAAAAAUAGAAAAGGUCCACAGUAUGAAGAACUAAGGCGGAAAAUAUCAGAAUUAGCAUACAAAAUGGUUGUAAACAGGACACCUUCGUUACCCUUUGACGAUUCCACAAGAGCGGAACUGAAAAUAUCAACGGAAGAUUGGCAGUGCAUGAUGGAUCUUGGAAUACUAUCAAAAGAACGAGGUCGGAUUAUGUGUGUUAGUGAAAGUCCAAAGGAAUUGGUUUCUUUCGUUCAUAAAACUUUACAGGAAUUUCUGUGUGCUCUGUAUCUUGAAGAUGAAUGUAAUACAGAUCUUGAUGCAGUUGUUGACUUUUGUGAGCACUGGAUCAUUCAAGAUAUAUUAGAUCAUGCUAAUAUAUUUGUGUUCCUCUUUGGUUUACAGCCUGAAAUCUCGAAAACUAUCUCAUGUUCCAUUUAUAACAAAUGCACGGAUGACACACAUAUAAAAGAGUAUAGAACAGAAAGAGGAUUUUCAUCUAAGCAUUGUAAACUGGUUUCCGAUAUCCAGAACUUUAUCUUAAAAUGUGUCACAGAAAUGAAGAAAAGCCGAGACAAUUUUAAGCCACAAAUUCAUUUGGGAGAUGUAGUUGUUAAUGAUUAUUUCAUUUGUGAUGAAUACUUCUGCACGAGUCUUGAUGAAGAAUAUAUCAUACCCGACCGUGUACUGUCUAUCAACGUCGAUAUUCACAAAGAUGAUGAGAACUUAUGCAGUGUUUUCAAAUACAUAGCUAAAUGCUGUAAACUUGAAAAUAUGUCAAUCCAAUUAUCUGACGAUUAUCCCGGCGAGGUUGAAGAUGUGGACAAUAUCUAUUCUAGCUUUAAUUUAAAUGCUUUGCAACUAAAAUCUCUAUUUCUUACUUGUAAAUCAAAAGAAAAAUAUAGUGCAAUACCGAGAUCUUUGGUCCGUAAACUUCCGAAUAUGGACAAAUUGAUGGUUAUCGAAAUGGAAGAUGUGAUUUUGGCAGAUAAGGACUGUGAGGAGCUCUGCAAAAUAAUAUCUGACAAAACGCAGUUGGAGAGGUUAUCACUUAGAAUGUUUUGUAAAUGUGGAACACAGCACGCUCUCGAUCUACGCAGACACCUGCAUCUGAAAUACCUAAGCCUUGACAAUGCAGUAAAUGUUACAUUUCCGAAUUGUUCAAAACUUACAACAUUUAAGUUCUCUGACAUUAACACCACCAAUUAUAUGAAUAUAUUUGAAAGUCUGAAGACAGCAGGACAUCUUUUAGAGCUUGAGUUUAGAAGUAUUAAACGCAUCGAGUGUGAUAAAGAAGAAAAUGUAGCAAAAUCGCUUGAAGGGUUGCUUCAAUCUCUGACACAGUUGGAAAUCUUAAAACUGUACAAUUUGGCUUUCUCAAAAAAUGUACUACGAAUGUCAAUUAAAAUAAGGCACUUAAGGGCGAUUCAUUUAUAUGAUGACCAGAUGAGCUCUGAAUCAAUGCAUGCUUUUUGUGACGGUUUAUCUCUUGGUGAAAUUGUUGUAUACCUGAACUCUGAGCGGCUUUGAACUAGUAUUUGUUAUGUCGGAUAAAUUUACGUCAUACUAAUUUCGGGACGGCGUUGGAAGAAAUCACGUUCAGGAUGUAUGUUCAAGUGUAUAUGGGAAGAUUAUGAAGCGUUGCAUCAUAUAAUUAACGCACCAGAUAAACUCAAAGUAAUUGAAUGAAGAAGAAAGAUGCGGAAAACUCAGGUCGGCACAACGCAAAACAGAAAUAAUGACAGUGUAACUUUUAAAUCUCGAACAUUUGUGGAACUAGCUAAAACGUUAGCAUUUUGGGUGUUUCCGGAAUUCCGAAGUACGAAAUUAUAACAUGAAAAAACAGUUGUGUUAAGACUUUCUGUAAAUAUAUGAAACUUAUAAAAAAAUGACAUAGAUUUAUUAUUAUUGACCUGUGGCCGGCAUUUUGAUAUAAUAAGAUAAAGUAAAGUUAUCACAAUUUAUCCUUUAGCUAGUUUGAUGUAGUACCAGGUAGUAAAUAAAAUAUGCUUCUAAAUUUCUUAAAUUACAUACUUAUUUAUAUCAAUAGCAUUACAUGCUUGACAUGUUAUUAUUCUUAUAGGUGACAAGCUAAAUGAUCACUGCUUAUUGGGAGAUACAGACAAAUUGCAGGUUUUACAAU